UAAAGGUCUACCUUCAGUAUUUCUUUUUGAAGUCGAUGGCAAUUGAUACCUCGUGACUGAGCUGUGACCGCCUAUUGAUUCAUAUUCUACAGUCUACCAUAAGCAACAUUUUAUGUUGUCUAUUAUCGAGCGCGCUGACUUCGUCUACCGUCCACAUACAUAUUAUUGCAGAAGUGAGGUUUAAACAAGGCCAAAAAUGGGUUCAUUAUUUAGAAGCGAAGAAAUGACUCUUUGUCAGCUUUUCUUACAGAGUGAGGCUGCUUAUGCUUGUGUUUCAGAACUAGGGGAACUUGGACUUGUGCAAUUCAGAGAUUUAAAUCCUGAUGUAAAUGCGUUUCAACGAAAAUUUGUUAACGAAGUACGUCGCUGUGAUGAGAUGGAACGGAAGUUAAGAUAUUUAGAAAAAGAAAUAAAAAAGGAUGGUAUUCCUAUGUUGGAUACUGGUGAAAAUCCGGAAGCUCCGCAACCUAGAGAAAUGAUUGAUCUUGAAGCAACUUUUGAGAAACUAGAAAAUGAAUUGCGUGAAGUCAAUCAAAAUGCAGAAGCUUUAAAGAGAAACUUUCUAGAGCUCACUGAGCUUAAGCACAUUCUUCGAAAGACUCAAGUCUUUUUUGAUGAGGCUGAGCAUGGAAGUGUCGUGUCGCAGAUGGCGGAUCCAAGCCGCGAGGAAGAGCAGGUGACUCUACUGGGUGAGGAGGGCCUCCGCGCUGGCGGCCAGGCUCUCAAGCUCGGUUUUGUCGCCGGUGUCAUUCUUCGAGAAAGAAUUCCAGCAUUUGAGAGGAUGCUAUGGCGAGCUUGUCGUGGCAAUGUCUUCCUUAGACAAGCUGAGAUUGAGACGCCCCUCGAGGAUCCAUCCACGGUGAGCGGUGAUCAAGUAUUUAAAUCCGUGUUCAUAAUAUUCUUCCAAGGUGAUCAGCUGAAGACGAGAGUGAAGAAAAUUUGCGAGGGAUUCCGCGCUACCCUGUACCCAUGUCCGGAAGCACCUGCAGACCGGCGCGAAAUGGCCAUGGGAGUAUUGACGCGCAUCGAAGAUUUAAAUACCGUACUUGGGCAAACUCAAGAUCAUAGACAUCGAGUUCUUGUUGCUGCAGCUAAAAAUAUUAAGAAUUGGUUUAUCAAGGUGCGGAAAAUCAAGGCAAUUUAUCAUACCUUAAAUCUCUUUAACUUGGAUGUAACACAAAAGUGUUUGAUUGCUGAAUGUUGGGUACCAGUUCUAGAUAUCGAGACGAUUCAAUUAGCUCUUCGUCGAGGAACUGAACGAAGCGGUAGCUCAGUACCACCAAUUUUAAAUCGAAUGGAGACCUUCGAAGAUCCUCCAACAUAUAAUCGGACCAACAAGUUCACUAAAGGCUUCCAAGCAUUGAUAGAUGCUUACGGAGUUGCCUCAUAUCGUGAAAUGAAUCCUGCCCCAUAUACCAUCAUUACCUUUCCCUUUCUUUUUGCUGUGAUGUUCGGAGAUUUUGGACAUGGACUAAUUAUGUUCCUAUUCGCAGGCUGGAUGGUUCUUAAGGAAAAGCCCCUUGCGGCCCAGAAAUCUGAUAACGAAAUCUGGAACAUAUUUUUUGGUGGUCGUUACAUUAUAUUUCUCAUGGGAGUUUUCUCUAUGUAUACAGGUUUUAUAUACAAUGAUGUAUUCUCUAAAUCGUUGAAUGUUUUUGGGACGUAUUGGACCGUUAAUUAUACAAGAUCUGAUGUAAUCAACAAUCGAGUGCUGCAAUUAAACCCUACCACCGAUUACAUUCAGCAUCCAUAUCCAAUCGGCAUGGAUCCAGUUUGGCAAUUAUCCGAAAAUAAAAUAAUUUUUCUCAAUUCUUACAAAAUGAAGAUUUCUAUUAUUUUUGGUGUAAUACAUAUGCUUUUCGGAGUAAUAGUCGGUCUCUUUAAUCAUCUGUACUUUAAACGGAGACUCAACAUACUUUGCGAAUUCAUACCUCAAAUCAUCUUUCUGGUAUUUCUUUUUUUCUACAUGACUUCACUCAUGUUUAUUAAAUGGGUCAAAUAUGCGGCUAUUCACCCUGUCUACAAUCCUGAUGUGACUACUAGCUCUUACUGUGCUCCAUCCGUUCUUAUUACUUUCAUUAAUAUGGUGCUAUUUAAGUCCCCAACUAAGCUACCUCCAUGCGAUCCUUAUAUGUAUGGAGGUCAAUAUUCACUUGAAAAAUUCCUAGUUAUAAUUGGUGUACUCUGCAUUCCAUGGAUGCUAUUUGCUAAGCCUAUUAUGAUGAUGCAAGAACGAAAGAAAAAACAUAUGCAGAAUUUGAAUAGUCACGGUACAGAAAAUGGCGACAUUGAUGGUUCGGGCGUAAUGCAAUCGCAAGGACAAGUACCAUCACAUAAAGAGGAAGAAGAAGAAGAUAUGGCAGAGAUCUUCAUUCAUCAAGGAAUUCAUACAAUUGAAUAUGUAUUGGGCAGUGUAUCACAUACCGCUUCUUAUCUCCGGCUUUGGGCAUUGUCUCUUGCUCAUGCACAAUUAUCUGAAGUAUUGUGGAAUAUGGUAAUGAAGAAUGGUUUAACUCAAGAAGGUUGGGGAGGAGGUAUUAUCCUUUGGGGUAUUUUUGCCUUUUGGGCAGUUUUAACUGUAGGAAUUCUGGUACUAAUGGAAGGAUUAUCAGCUUUCCUUCACACUCUUAGGCUCCAUUGGGUUGAGUUCCAAAGUAAAUUCUAUCUUGGUCAAGGUUAUAGCUUUACUCCAUUUUCUUUUGAAAUUAUUUUGGAUACCGCACAGGCAACUUCAGAGGCAACAGAUUAAACUCAUAAUGUAAAUGUAUAUCGGUUUAGAUUUUUAGUUUUUAAUUGUAUCUGAAAAAAACUGUAAUUAAUGUUUAACGUAAUAAUGUACUUCUCUCUCUCUAUUAUAAUUAGAUGUAAAUGAAAUACUAUUCCAAUAUACUCACUUGCAUUAUUUUGAAUUACGAGUUAUACUUGUCAUGUAUAUUACUUGAGUUUUUUAAUCUUUAAUUGGAAAUAAGAAAAUUGGAAUUCUUUUCUUAUUAGUUAAUAAGGUUUCGUUUUGUUAAACAAGUGUAUAUAGGUAUUUGUUGUAAUAUUAAAAAAGUGUAAUUAUGAGUA